UUAACAAUGCAAAAGACAAAAAAAAGAGCGCGAGGCUUUUGGAAACCUCAGGUGGCUAGAAAUAACAAAAUGAAAUCGUAAGCGAUAGCGUUUUCCAAAGCAAUCUGGUUAGGCGAUUGGCCCCCAGGGCGUAUGCCUUUGAAGAUGAUAAAAAGUGUAAAAAAUAAACAAUGGGAUGAAAAAAAUUUCAAAAGGAAGAAAAUACAUUUAAAAAAGAGGAUAUAUAAUUUACGAGUUAUUUUAGUUUCAUUCACGUUAUUUUUUGUUUUUGGGAAUCCCUCAGGAACCCAAAAUUUUUUUGGGAUAAAAAGUCAAGAUAGCCUAGUCUAAAGAUAGAAAUCCUAAGUUUUUGCGUGAUUGAGUCACAAACAAACUAAAUCACAUAACGCAUUUAUCAUAUUAAUUAGGAUUCAGAUAGGUAUUCGUACCAAGUUUUAAGUCUUUUAGUCUCAAAGAAUAAGAUUUCCUAAAUUAUCGCAUUUUUUCUCUUUUAGGGGUGAAUUUAGAUAAACCCUGAUCCAUUUUAUUCUUUUUUUCUGGUCUUUAGUAUAUUUAUAAUGUUUCGAUCAAGUCGAAAUGUGCGUUAAAAUUCAUCUAUAAAAAACCUUGGACACCCUCCUAAUCCACAUUUAAGGGGGUUUUUCGGAAAAUUAAAAAUGACAAACUUUGUAAUCUAUUUAGAUAAGUAUUCGUGCCAAAUUUUAGAACUCAGGGAAUAAAAAAAAACAUAUAAACUUUCAUCCUCUAUUAUAAACUCUUGGGGGUUGAAUUUUGGAAAAUCCUUUUUAGUGCACCCCUAGACGUCAUAAGAAACUUCCGUUUUUGUAAUUUGUGUCAAAACGGGCAUUAUACUGUCCCGCGACUAUAGGUAUUCAUUCAGUAGUUUUCAAGAUAUAAGAUAUUAAUGAUUUUACAGUGCAAUUUCUUUAUAAUUGGCUUAAAAAUAAACACAAAAAAUUUAUGAAAAAAAAAUAUAGAAAUUGCAUGAAAAAUGUUUACUCCAAGGAAAGAAAUAAUAUUUUAUUUCAUGUUUUCACACCCACCAAUCUUAAAAAAAAACACUUUUUGAAUGUGUUGAAGAGCAGCAGUUUUUAAUUAUUUUUACAUCAUUCUUUUUUUACCUUUACAGGUACCGUGUUCACAAGAUAAUUUUUAAAUAAUUAAACCAAAUUGUUUGUCAGAUUGUCUAAUGAUCUUUUUAAUAAAAAUAUAAAUUAAUUUAUACUUGAGGAAUAAUUUACUGUAUGUAAUUUUUGUGUUUAAUUUAUUUAACUCAAAGGGACCAAAACAUCAAGUGUAACAUAUUAAAGAAGAAACUGCUUUUUCAUAUGUUCAAAAAUUUAUUUAAUUAAUGAAAAAAAUAAUGUUUAUGAGAUCAGUGCCUGCACAAUCACGUGGAAAAUAUUUAAAAAUCAUUUUGUGGAAGUAGGCUCAAAAAUAUAGUUUCUUUCUUGUCGUUGAGUCGGUUUAUAUUUCAGUCAGUGGAUUUUUUAAAUAUUUUACUUUUUCAUCAUGCAAAGAUAAGAUUCAGUAUGCCGGUUGUUACCUUAACCUUUGAUACAUCCUCACGCCUUGGACAAUGUAACGAUAUCAUCGGCAUGGAUUCAUGGUCACAUAAUUUACAACAGAAAUAUAAUAAAUGCUGAUGAAUGGAAGUGAAAACAUAAAACCACUAUGUAGACCAAAUAAAUUUAUGAAAUUUUAAAGGGUUUCAUUUGAUAUUGCCUUUUACCUAUUCAAUAAAGAAUAAUUUGAAAAUCAAAUGUAGUUUUCAUUUUUUUAUUUUUGUUUUUUACCCUUUUUGGCCAUAAUGAUCCAUUAGUAACCGCCAUUCUCUUUUGUUACAGAUGAACCAUUUCCAAUGCUUGCUUUGGGUAAUAACAAUACUGGCAUGUCAAGCGACCCAACUUAACACGGGUGGAGAAAAAAAUUCAAUCGUCAUCGAAAAUGUAACCGAGAGUCUUGAAGCCAUUAAUGGGACUCCCAACUACAGAUUGAUAAAACCUAAUAGAGCGACACCAUGGUAUCCAGAACGGGAAAUAAAACUGGACAGUUGUGUGAGGAAAGCCCGUUGCGAACCUCUGGAGAAAACCACUUGUUUGGGCGCCAAGCUUUCUUAUGAUAGUACUAGUGUCUUGCUCACUUUUUAUGAAACACAGAAUCAGAUUCAAACUCAAUUAGAAUUAUACAAAGAAUUGAUUAAUGUGCCAAAAUGUUGGGCGGUCAUACAACCACUACUUUGCGCGACAUUCAUGCCCAAAUGCGAGAAAAUACUCGGGCGAGACAUGGUCUACUUACCCUCUUAUGAAAUGUGCAAAAUAACAAUGGAACCCUGCUCUAUACUGUACAACACUUCGUACUUUCCGUCCUUUUUAAAAUGCAACUCAACUUUAUUCCCACCGAGAUGUGACAAUGCUGGAAGGGAGAUGAAAUUCAAUACUACUGGAAAAUGUUUGCCGCCUCUCAUACACACAAAUAAGCCGCUGCACUUUUACGAAGGUAUAUCAGGCUGCGGUCUGCCUUGCCGCGACCCCCUGUACACUGAGGAUGAACACCAGCAGAUCCACCGACUGGUAGGGUGGGGCGCUGGCGUCUGCCUUGCCCUCAAUCUGCUUACUGUAGCCACAUUCCUCAUAGACUGGCGUAGUGCAAAUAAAUACCCAGCCCUAGUUAUAUUUUACAUCAACGUUUGCUUCGCGGUUGCGUCCAUGGGAUGGCUUGUUCAGUUCGGUGUAGGAUCUAGGGAUGACAUAGUUUGUUCGAAAGAUGGGACCAGACGCCAAGGCGAACCUUCGGCCGAGGAGAACUUGUCGUGUGUCGUCGUUUUCGUAUUAGUUUACUACUUUAUGAUGGCAGCUUGUGUCUGGUUCGUCAUAUUCACGUAUGCGUGGCAUAUGAGUUUUCGAGCAUUAGGCAAAAUCCAAGACCGCAUCGACAAGAAAGCCGCGUACUUCCACCUAGUUGCGUGGUCGUUGCCUUUGAUUCUGACCAUAGCCACGAUGGCUUUCGGCGAAGUAGAUGGCAGCAGUGUUACUGGAGUUUGUUUCGUGGGCUACGUGAACCAUCCGAUGAGGGCAGCUCUAUUGCUCGCUCCCUUGUCUGUGGUGUUGAUAUUAGGCGGCUACUUUUUGCUUAGAGGUGUGUUCUCAUUGAUCGCCGUCCGCGUGUCGAGUAAAGACGUGAUAUCGCCGCGCGCCUCCAACAAGAUCCGGCAGACGAUAACGCGCUGCUCUUUAACAGCCGCCCUUGUGGCCAUCUUCAUAUGUGUCACUUUCACCUGCCACAUCUACGAGUUUAGGAACGCGGAGCUUUGGAAGGAGUCCUUCAAGAAAAAUAUUAUAUGUCGUUUGGAAGCGUUGCGGGAGAGCGAGAAGGAGUGCUCGAGUGGCGUUCGGCCGUCAGUAUCGGUGCUGCAGCUGAGGCUGCUGUGUUGCUUCGCUGGCGGCGCGCUCAUGGCCUCCUGGACCUGGACCCCCGCCGCCGCCGCCGCGUGGAGGCGGUACCUGGCCAGGAAGUGUGGAUGUUCGGUGGAAGCGGAGGUGACGCGACGCGCGACUAAAGACGAGCUCAUACGACGCGCGUACCGACGUCGCGGGGAGUUUGCUGCGCGCGGGAGACUAUCAAUCUCUCUGGGGGCUUCGAGACAAGAUCCGGUGGGCCUUUAUAUAGACCACGCGUCCCCGAUGGAUUAUCCGGACGACGUUAAACAUGAGAGUUGCGAGCUAUCAUCUUCGUGGGCGGCGAACUUGCCGCGUUUCGUUCGUCGCCGCGACGCAUUAGUUUUGCCCGCGCACACCCAUCAUUCUCUAAGCUCCACCCCAGACCGCCGCAACUCGCAAGACUCUCAAAUCAGCAUCAGUCUACGCCACGUCUCGGUAGAAUCGCGCCGCAACUCGCUCGACAGUCAACUAUCCGUGAAAAUUGCCGAGAUGAAAACCAAAGUUGGUCGCCGUAGAACGAAGCACACCAAAGCUAAAAGAAAGGCGCGCGCUGCGAGCGCUCGCAAGGAAAGCACGCCGUCUAUCGAAAGUCAGAUCAGCCGGUAUUGGCUUCAGGCCGUCGCAGCGAACAAUGAUCCGUCCCGCGAAGAAGUCAAGUUUAGUUUUGAUUGA